AUAUCUUAACCAUUCAGACAUCUAAACCAUUAAGAGGCUGAAAUUCAGGCAUCUGAACCAUUAAGAGGCUGAAACAAACCGCCCCUAAAAUUUGAAACUUUAGCUGAACUCCCUGGCGGUAAAAAGACCAAAUGUACCCAAACGCGCCUCUCUUCUCCGGCAACGACUACCAUGCGACCACGAGCUCUCCAUCUCCGAUCACUAUUCAACUCUACAACGAAUCAGCUCACCUAUUUUUCGCGUCUCUCCAAGUUUCAGUCGCCUUCUUCGCACUUUUCGUCUCAAUCCAAUCAACAUUCUCGAUAUCCCCAGAAAACUUUCUUUACACCAGAUAUUAAAGAUCCAAUCAUCAGAAAUUUGUGCAGAGAGAAGAAUUUCAAAGAAGCCAUUGAUAUCCUCUGUCAGCAAAAGCGUUUAAAGGAUGCCAUUCAACUACUUGAAAGCGAAAUCCAGUACCCAUUUGCUUCGAUAUACUCUUCACUAUUCAGACUCUGCAUUGAGCAACGAGCCCUUGAUGAGGGGAGGAAAGUGCAUGCCCACUUAAAAAGGUGCAAUUUUAUUCCCGGGAUCUUCGUAUCUAAUCUAAUUAUUGAGUUUUAUUGCAAAUGCAAGAGACCAUCAGAUGCCCGUCAAGUGUUUGAUGAAAUGGGUGAGAGGGAUUUGUGUUCUUGGAAUAUAUUGAUUUCUGGUUAUGCAAAUUCUGGAUUGAUUGAGUAUGCUCUGGGGCUGUUCGAUAAAAUGCCACAGAGAGAUAGCUUCUCUUGGACGGCCAUGAUUUCAGGUUAUGUUAGGCAAGACAAACCUGAAGAUGCACUGGAGUUGUAUCGGGCAAUGCAGCGAGAUGAGUGUCAUAAGUGUAAUAAGUUCACAGUUUCUAGUGCUCUGGCAGCUUCAGCCGCUAUUCAGUCAUUACGUUUGGGGAAGGAGAUCCAUUCUCAUAUCGUGCGUAUGGGGUUGGAUGCAGACACUGUGGUUUGGAGUGCUUUGUCUGAUAUGUAUGGGAAAUGUGGGAGUGUGGAUGAAGCAAGACAUAUUUUUGACAGGACAACAGAUAAAGAUGUAGUUUCAUGGACAUCAAUGAUUGACAGGUACUUCAAGGAUGGGAGAUGGGAUGAAGGGCUUUCAUUGUUCUCGAAUAUGUUGUGCUCAUGUGUUAGGCCCAACGAGUUUACAUUUGCUGGGCUUUUGAAUGCAUGUUCAUGUCAAACCACGGAGUAUCUAGGCAAACAGAUCCAUGGAUACAUGGUGCGGCAUGGAUACGACAUUCUUGCCUUUUCAACGAGUGCCCUUGUUCAUAUGUACUCCAAGUGUGGGAACAUUGGAAGUGCGUACAAUGUUUUUAAGCAGAUUCCGAGACCUGAUUUAGUUUCUUGGACUUCACUCAUUAACGGUUUUGCACAGAACGGGCAACCACUUGAGGCACUUAACUAUUUUGAACGUCUGUUAGAAUCUGGUGCUCGUCCUGAUUGCGUCACAUUCAUUGGUGUUCUCUCUGCUUGCACUCAUGCAGGUUUAGUUGAUAGGGGGCUCAAGUAUUUCCACUCGAUAAAGGAGCAACACAGAUUAACUCACACCCAAGACCAUUAUGCUUGUGUUGUUGAUCUAUUGAGCCGUUUUGGAAGAUUUAAAGAGGUUGAAGAUAUUAUCAGUCAUAUGCCAAUGAAGCCCGAUAAAUUCCUGUGGUCUUCUUUACUCGGAGGGUGCAGAAUUCAUGGAAACCUUGAAGUUGCAAGACAAGCGGCAGAAGCACUGUUUGAAAUAGAACCCGAGAAUGCAGCCACUUAUGUCACCCUUGCAAACAUGUACGCAAACUCUGGAAAAUGGGAUGACGUGGCGGAGGUUAGAAAAACCAUGGACGAUAGAGGAGUGGUGAAGAAACCGGGCAAGAGUUGGAUCCACUUGCACGGGAAAGUCCACGUGUUUUUGGCUGGCGACAAUUCUCACCCGCGUUCUAAUGAAAUAUUCGAGUUAUUGGCUGAAUUUUCAAAGAAAAUGAAAGAAGACGGAUACGUCCCUGACACGGAUAUGGUGUUGCAUGAUGUUGAGGAAGAGCAGAAGGAGAAGAACCUGUUCUAUCACAGCGAGAAGCUGGCGGUUGCAUUUGGGGUUAUUUCUACUCCCCCUGGAAUGCCGGUCAAGGUCUUCAAGAACCUAAGGAUUUGUGUGGACUGUCAUAGGGCUAUGAAAUAUAUCUCAAAUAUCGCACAGAGAAGAAUAAUCAUUAGGGAUUCAAGUCGGUUCCACUAUUUCGAGGGCGGGGCUUGUUCGUGCAGUGACUACUGGUGAUUCAAAGCUUGAAAAAUGACUAUGACAAUCAUAGCUUGGGUGGGUUUAGAGUUUAGACCUGUAAAGAAGCAGGAGAUGUGUGGUUUGGGACUUCAUUGCAGACUUGUUUAGGGGGAAGAAGGAUAGUCUGCAAAUAACCAUUUUUUGGUUUUGUAACAUUAGAGAGCCUUUGGUGGCUCAAAGUGCUCUACUGUACUUGUGUUCUGUUUAUCAACCUGAAGAAAUGGAAUAAAUACAAGUAUUUUUU